AUGAGCUUCCUUAAGAGCAAGCUCUCGUCUCAAACAACCAACGUUCCAACAGCGGCAAAUCAAAAUGAAGACUCAUUAUCGGCACAAAAGAUUAAAGAUCUGGAGCAAAAGCUGGCUAAAAAGCAAAAGGAUCUGUCUGUGGUGAUUGAAGAGGUGAUGUUUGCUGAGAAAGAGAUUGCAUCUCUUAAAGCCUUAUCGGAAAAGAAGGAUAAAGAGAUUGAAAAACUGAAACACACGCUGAUUAAAAUUGGAAAAAAUCAGCAGCAAGAAGCCUCACCACCAGCAGAAGAUAAAUCGGAAGCGUUGAAAGAAAUUAAAAUCUUGAGUGAAAGAAAUAAAAAUCUGGAGGAACAGAUCAACCUAUUGGAAGAGGAAAAUGAAAACAUUAGAAAUCAAGUUCUUACAAUUACCCACGCGCUAGAUGUUUCGGAGGAAGAGUUGAACAAGCAAAGGAAUUUCGUGCGUGAUCAAGAAAGCGCGGUGAAGAUGAAGGAUUCAACAAUAGAGUCUCUACAACAGGCACUAACCGACCUAGAAAAAGAAGCGAAGAGAUUAGAAGAAAAGAAAGAGAAAUACCGAAAGGAAUGCGAAAAUGCCAACAUCCAACACCAAGAAUUAUUGGAACAGGUCGCAAGCUGGAGGCAUAAGUAUGAAGAUGCGUCAUCACGUGUUGAGUCGCUCGAAAAAGAAAAAGCAAACAAUAAUUCUAUAUCUUCUACAAAAGAAAUGUUGAAUAUGGAAAACAAGGAGUUGCGUGAAAUGUAUUCAAGGUCCUUGUUAGAACUUGAAGAAAUGAACCAAGCUUUCAAUGAAGUGAAGAGACAAUUGAUAGAAAAGCAAGAAAAGAUGAAGGAACUAGACAUUGAAAAAUCGCAGCUAGAAGAAGAAAAUCACAAUCUUACAGCUGAAAUAUCAGCGCUUUACGCUCAAGACUUUGAAAGAAAGCAAAAAGAAAAUGCCAAUAAUUUACUUGAGAAUCAAUCUAACCUUAAUGAAUUGCUUUCAAAUUCUGAAAAAACAGUAAUGACCAUGGACAAAACCGUCUCUAUCAUUCAGAAACAUUUAAACGAUUCAAAAACUGGAAACGAUGAUGACUAUGCUGUUCUUGUAUCAUCUCAGCAAGAACAAAUUGAAAGUCUCUUAUUAGAAAUUUCCAAUUUGAAAAAACAGCUUAAAGAGACGCUAAAAAACGGGGCUGAAGCUUCCAAGUUAGAAAUGGAAGAGAGCGCUACAGUGAAACAAUUGAAGGAGGAUAUAGAAAAUAAGGAUCAAACAAUUAGGACUAUGGAGGACAAUAUUAACAGACUGAAUCAAGAAAUUACCAGUCUUAAAAAUGUAAAUAAUGAAAAGUCUGAGAUAGAAAAGUUGAAACAAGAGUAUGCAGACCUAGAGAAAGAAAAGAACCAUUUUCACUCUCAAUCAGAAAUGUACCAGUACGAGCUUUCCUCUCUUACUACUGAUUAUAACCAAUUACUGGAGAGAAGCGAAGAGCUAGCCCAGUUGCUAGAAAAAGAUUUAUCUGAAAAGGUUGUUGUAGCAGUACAGACAGAUACUCCUCCUGAAAUCAAUGAUGAUUCUAACGAAAUUGAGAGGCUAGAAAAGGAAAAUGAUGAAUUAAGAGAGAUGGCAAAUCAUUUCCAGAACCAAGCAGACGAACUGAUCGAAAAGCUGAAAACAAAGUACGAACAAGAAGAAACAGAGCGAAUUGAAAAAGUGAAACAUGCCAAAAUCGAAAAUGAACUUAAAGAAAAGAUUAAUAAUUAUGAGCAGGAAAUGACAAUUUUAAAGGAAGAGAACGAGUUAUUACGAAACCGUGUCUUUGAGUCGAUUGAUAACGAUAACACCAGACUCAAGAUUGAAAAACAACAAAAGCUGAUUGACGCAUUGGAAAAAAGCCUGGAAUCUGCAAAAAAGUCUCUUAGAGAAGGAGCAGAAAUCUUUAAAAAAGAGUUGCAAGACGCAAUUUCCAAAGAACGAAACGAUCACAUGGCAGUCAUAGAAGAAAUGAAAAAAGAAAUAGAAACCCUUUUGGCAGAAAGAGAGGAGCUGAGACAAGGGCACCCCCAAAACCCAGAUGAUGCAAUUAAGCAAGCUACAGCAAGAAUAGCCUUUCAUAACGAAGUAGUUAGGGACAUGCAACAAGAUCUUGUCAGCACAAGAACAGCCCUUUCAGAGAUCAAUCAGGGUGUGGAAAAAGUUAUGGGACUGUUGAAACAAUCAGAUCUUGAUACAAGCCAAGAAGUUUUGAAACAUUUACAUGACAUUGCUCUCGCGAUGGAUGCAAAAUCUAAACUACUAGAUACUCGAAUUCAACUCAAUAUUUCGGUGGAAUUCAAUAGAAAACUACAAGCAUCACUUGAAGAAAAGGAAAGUCUUCUUCAUCAAGCAGUAGAAUAUGUGAAUAACUUACAAAAAGAGUAUAAUCAAUGCAAAGAGACCCUCAAGAAACUGAUCGAGGAACGCAGCAGCCCAAACACCAAGCCAUCAAAUACUUCGAUGACGUCCAUCUCUACUAGUAGAGCACCUACAAUGCAGAGCAGAGCCAAAUCGACAGAAAAGGCCCAUCCAACAAACAGAACAAACAGAGGAUAUGCAAAUUCAUUCCACAAAUAA